AUGUCCCAGGAUCGCUUGACCGCUCUUCGGCUGCUGUCGUACUGUUGGCUGACCGUCAUGUUGCCACCCAACACUUUGGCAUUUAACGUCGUCUACAACAAGGAACCGUCAUCGUCUUCUUCGUUUCAGUCAUCACCUUUCUACCAAACUGGCAGCAGAAAGUUUGGCGGCUACCGAAUCGUACCCCGAGCGUGCAAAGACGAAACUCAUCCGUACAAGAACGAUGUAUCCAUCACCACCCCCACCGGAACCGGAACCGGAACAGGCGUGUGCAUGUUCAACUAUGAGUGCACGCAACUGGGCGGCUCGGUGGUCGGGUCUUGUGUGGACGUGUUCCUGUUCGGCGCCUGUUGUCGGCUGCCGGCCGGCGUAAAACUGCCCUCCGCGAUCGAACAGAGCGCGUCCACGGCCACGGCCGCAACCACCUCGACACCCGGCACGCACUAUAACGAUCUGCCGCCGCUGUCGUUCCAACAGCCGGUGGCCGACACCAUACUGAUGCACCGUAACGGGUCGGCCGUACAAAACACAUACAGGCCGGACGACCUGUUCGGUAACUUCACGGCCCUGAUGCAGGCCCACCGAGACCGGUUACCACCGGCGGCUGACAUGACAGACGUCGUGCAACAGUACACCACGGACGGCGGUUACCAUCAAUACAAUCAUCACCAGCACCGACCCCCGCCGUUUGCCGGAAACAAGAUCACGUCAAAGGUGGAUUACGGUGAUGUGGCCACCGUCAAGCUGCAGACGUCGCAGUCACCGCCAUAUUCGUCAUCGUCGUCGCCGGUGUCCAAGUCGACGGACUCAGUGCCGAACAUUCGGAAGACGACGCCGUCGGCGGCCACUGUCCAGGCGACCACGUCCAAACAGGGUUACGGCGGCGCGCACCACAACCAUCACAAACACCAACACCCGUCGGCCGCCGAUGACUAUUACGAUAAUAUGGUGCUGAUACCCACGCUGACGGUUAAUGACCCCAACGUCAAGGAAAACAACUCCAUCCAUCAUAUACUGUCCAUACUCAACUAUACACCACCCACGCCCGACAGGCAUCACGUGGAUCCGAUGGACGCUUCACCGUCGUAUGUCGUCCACCAGAUGCAGUCGAGUAGUCCACCACCCACACCACCACCCGCCCUAUACACGUGGGGCUCGAUUGACGGCGAUUCCAAGUCGCCCGGUUACGGGGCGUCCACGUUCCCGGUCACCAGGCCCUCGUCCACCAUCCACUCGUCGACGACGGCGCAGCAGCACUACGACCGGCCUACUAACUAUUACGGAUCGACACCGUCCACCACGACCACCACGUCCAGCCACCACCUGCCGGGACCACAUUUCCACGUUCUGUCCACCACAACCACACCCAAGCCGUUGGAACCGGUCGCGCCCACUGUCAUUGUCCUGAGCCCAGCCAACGAUUCGAAAAAUCCCAACAAAUACACAACGCCCUCGUCUUCGUUGUACACGGCCUCCUCGUCAUCGUAUCGUCCACCACCCUCGUCGCACGUCAAACCGUCGCAGAGCAUCAUCGUGACGGGCAAACCGUCUGUGAGCGCAGCGUACACAACUACAGCCACCUAUCACCAUCCUCAACACCAGCACCAGCAGGACGCGGCUUUCGUGCCGGUCAGUUCGACCACGAUGGCAGACAAAUAUUACAACGCCAACUACCAACCAACCACCAGCGCCUUACAUACGUCAGCCAAGCCACUGGUUUCCACAAACUAUGGACACCGCCCGGCAUCGACGACGACGACGACCACAACAACCACCGGGAUACCCCCGACGCUCAGCAGUGCGUUACACCACGAUGGCUCUAACAACAACGUGUUCACCACGGUAAUAACGUCGGUUAACCAUCAAUACCACAAGUACCAGCCAACGGCGACGGGUAACGGUGGCUCGAGCUCGUAUUCGACGGCCAAACCGGUGGUGAAUGACGGUGGAACGGUGGCCGUGCUGUCGUCCAGUGGUGGCUAUAGACCGUCGUCCACUGUCGACGACGAUUACCCGACACCCGUAGUGACGCCUGCCACGCAGGUGUUUAUCACCGCCUCCGACGUGCACCACCUGCAGCAGCACCACAUUCAGCAGCAGCUGCACCACCAUCUACAGCACCACACGUCGUCGUCUUCGUACCCGGUUACUCACGGGUCCACUUCCGACGAUGACGUGGGCGCCGUUCCGUUCAACUCCACCGACACGUUUGCUUUCCCGCCGGUCCGUGACCCCAACGUCAACCUGACCGCAGCCACGCAACAGGAGAAACCGGACGUGACCGUCGUCGACUCGGCUGGCGAUUACGAUGCCGACUCCGAACCCAACCCGCAGCUAACGGUCGACGACAACCUGGACGACAAGGUUCACCUGUUCGUCGAGAAGGUUGUCCAAUCGUUACAGGGAAAUUUUGAGGACCUGGAAAAGGUCCUUUUGUCAGGUGACCCGUCGUCUUCCAACGUGACCAUCGGUAACGACGACCCGGCUGGCUGGCCAACAAAGAAGCCCGCGUACGCUACGCCGACAGCCGCUACGCCUACGAAGAAACCGUCAAAACCAGCGGCCGUCAAGCCCACAAAACCGCCAACGCAGCCCGUCAAGUGGACUUCCACCACGACGUACCGGCCGACGCCGAUCAGUUCAUUGCUGGACGCCGCCCCGUACCUGGAGCUGACCACUGUGUCUCGGCCUACCAAGUACCCCACCCUGCUCACUCCCGUUCAGCUGUUCCAGCCCACCACGUACGCCACGGACAACAAGCGGCCGACCAAACUGCCCAUCAAACAGACGCCUUCCACGACGGUCGUGCUGGACACGCUCAACGUCGAACACGACCAUCACACCACAGCUGAACCGGACUACAGGAAAACGUGCGGAGUGCGGCCUUUAGUGAGGAAAAGCGGUCGGAUCGUCGGCGGAACGGGUUCGACAUUUGGCGAAUGGCCAUGGCAAGUGUUGGUAAGGGAAGCCACAUGGUUAGGGCUUUUCACCAAGAACAAAUGCGGUGGCGUGUUGAUCACUCAACGACACGUCAUAACCGCUGCUCACUGUCAACCCGGAUUUUUGGCGAACCUGGUGGCGGUUUUCGGCGAGUAUGACAUCAGUGGCGAGGUCGAGUCGAAGCGGAGCAUCAGCAAGAACGUGAAACGCGUCAUCGUCCAUCGACAGUACGACGCGGCGACUUUCGAGAACGACAUAGCCCUGCUGGAGCUCGAGUCGCCGGUCAGCUAUGAUCAGCACAUAGUGCCAAUUUGUAUGCCGGACGACGAGGAUGACUUCACGGGACGCAUGGCCGUGGUCACAGGAUGGGGACGGUUGAAAUACGGAGGUGGAGUUCCAAGCAUCCUGCAAGAAGUGCAAGUUCCUAUAAUUGAAAACCAAGUGUGCCAGGACAUGUUCGAGACAGCAGGACACACGAAGAGCAUACUUAGCAGCUUCUUGUGCGCCGGUUACGCCAACGGACAGAGGGAUUCUUGCGAGGGUGACAGUGGCGGGCCUCUGAUGAUCGAAAAGGACAACGGUCGCUGGACCCUGAUAGGCACAGUGUCACACGGCAUCAAAUGUGCCGCCCCUUAUCUGCCGGGCGUCUACAUGAGGACCACGUACUACAAGCCGUGGCUGCAGACCAUCACGGGCGUACAGUAG